UCAUGCUGCUGCCAGGUCCAGAGUGUCUCAUGGGUCCCUGUACGGCCUCCCAUUGCUGCUGUCUCCAUCGCCACACUCUGCCAUGUGCCACUUUCAGGUCUCCUCACACACUGCUGGAUUCCAUUUUGUCAUAGGGUGCUGGCAGAUUACGGGCCUCCCAUUGCUGCUGCCAGGCCCCUAAUCUGCCAUGGGCCCCAGUACCGCCUCCUCAUGCUGCUGCCAGGUCCACAGUCUCUCAUGGGUCCCUGUACGGCCUCCCAUUGCUGCUGUCUCCAUCGCCACACUCUGCCAUGUGCCACUUUCAGGUCUCCUCACACUGCUGGUGUGUUCCAUUUUUUG